AUGGUGACCCAACUGUUCCCACCCCGCCAUGUCUACUUCCCCUCCAGCCCCUCCCACACCUCCACCAUCAUCCUCCUGCACGACACAAACAGCACAGGCGCCGAGCUAGCCGCCGCGCUGGCCGCCUCAACACCAACAGCAACAGGAAAAUCAAAAUCAAAAACUAUCUUCGAGCACUUCCCCUCCUGCCGCUGGGUCUUUCCCUCCGCUCAGCCCCGCCAGAUAGAUACCUGCUAUGCAAGCAAGGGGAACUGGAUCAACGUCGACGUCGACAUUGAGGCAACUACAAGCUCAGAUGCAGACGUAAAUGCGGACGCAGACGCAGGUUCUCCUCAACAAACACAAGCACAAGCACAGCCCUCCGCAGAAGCCAAAAACGACGAUGAAAACGAAAACAAAGACCAAAACCUAGAAGCCUGCGUAGAGUACAUCCUGCAAAUAGUAGAGGAGGAAGUCGGCCGGUUGGGCGGGGACAGUCGCCGCGUGGUACUGGGUGGGUUCGGGCAGGGGAUGGCUGUUGCGAUUGCUACGUUACUCACUGCGCGGAGACGAUUAGGUGGGUUUGUGGGUAUGAGCGGGUGGGUUCCUUUCGCGGAGGGGAUCGAGGGAUUAGGUGGCCGGGGCCGGGGCUGGCUUGCUGAAGAUGAGGCGAGGAUGGGAGGGUCAGAGGGUUCGUCAGGAGUGGACGGGGUGGAGGUGGAUUCUGAGGCUGGGGAGGCGUUGCUGAAGACUCCGGUUCUUCUGAGCUACGUUGAGGAUGAUGCAUGCGUGGAUACUCGAACGGGUUUGACGGCCUACGAGACAUUAAAUCGCUUGGGGUUUGUCAAGGUGGUUCGGGAUCCUCGUCCUGGUUCGCAGCAAGGUGAGAAUUGGCUCUUAGAUGCGAGCCAGUUUGAUACAAUUGUGGGUUUCCUGGCAGAGGUGUUUGGUGGUGAAGAACAGCAUCUCGGCUCAUGA